CUCGGGGUUUGGUUUGAAAUCCCGCGGCGGCCCAACGGCUCGCGAAGCGGCGACCGGGACUUUUCUGGUGGUACUGGGUGAUUGCUGCUCUCGGUUCUGCGUGGAGUAGUUCGGCGACCUCGACGUCCGGUUGCUGGGAGCGUCCGUCAUGAGGAGAAGUGAUGUGCUUGCAGAGGAGUCCGUACUGUGUCUCCAGAAAGCCCUGACUCACCUUCGGGAAAUAUGGGAAUUAAUUGGGAUUCCCGAGGACCAGCGCUUACAGAGAACUGAGGUGGUGAAGAAGCACAUCAAGGACCUCCUGGAUAUGAUGAUUGCUGAAGAGGAAAGCCUGAAGGAAAGGCUCAUCAAAAGCAUAUCCAUCUGUCAAAAAGAGCUGACCACCCUGUGCAGCGAGUUACAUGUUGAGCCUUUUCAGGAAGAAGGAGAGCCAACUAUCUUGCAACUAGAAAAAGAUUUGCGCACUCAGGUAGAACUGAUGCGAAAACAGAAGAAGGAAAGAAAACAGGAACUGAAACGACUUCAAGAACAAGACCAAGAGCUGUGUGAAGUUCUCUGCACGCCCCGCUAUGACGUCAACAAUGAUUCGGUUCCCACUUUGGAAGAGCUGAACCAGUUCAGACACCAUGUGGCAGCUUUGAGGGAGACAAAGGCAUCUCGGCGUGAGGAGUUUGUCGACAUAAAGAGACAGAUUAUACUGUGUAUGGAAGACUUAGAUCACACGCCAGACACGAGCUUUGAAAGAGACGUGGUGUGUGAAGAUGAAGAUGCCUUUUGUUUAUCUUUGGAGAAUAUUGCAACACUACAAAAGUUGCUACGGCAGCUGGAAAUGCGAAAGUCACAGAAUGAAGCCGUGUGUGAGGGGCUGCGAGCUCAGAUUCGAGAGCUCUGGGACAGGUUGCAAAUACCAGUGGAAGAGAGAGAGGCUGUGGCGAUGGUUAUGACUGGGUCGAAAGCCAAGGUGAAGAAAGCGCUGCAAUUAGAAGUGGAUCGUUUGGAAGAACUGAAAAUGCAAAACAUGAAGAAAGUGAUCGAGGCGAUACGAGUGGAGCUGGCUCAGUACUGGGACCAGUGUUUUUACAGCCAGGAGCAGAGACAGGCUUUUGCCCCUUACUACGAUGAGGACUACACAGAAAAUCUGCUCCAGCUCCACGAUGCUGAGAUCGUGCGGUUACGAAACUACUACGAGAGUCACAAGGAGCUCUUCGAAGGUGUUCAGAAGUGGGAAGAAAGCUGGAGGCUUUUCUUAGAGUUUGAGGUACUGCCCUAA